AUGUCAGCCCUAAGGUCUAUUCAUAGCUCGUUUAUUAGGCUGAAUAUAGAAUUGAAUGUGGGGGUUGAAGGCUUUAACGAGCAAACUGAGGCCAUCUCCUUAAUAAGCAAAGGUCAAUAUCUUAAAGUCCUGAAUUUGCCUCUUUUCAAAAAGAUCUUCACUGAUAAUUCCGAAAUCAAGCAUAUAAUUGCAAAGUAUACCCAGCAAUCAUCGGCAUCGGCACUAGUGGUUUUGGAUUUAGUCAAUCAUAUCAUUAUGCAACUAUCCAAGAAUCUGGAGUCGUUGAGUCCAGAAGUAGUCAAAACUACUGUACUGAUUUUAGGUGUGAUCUUUUUACAACUAUUUCUGCAAGAAAACUUCACUGGUCCUUCAAUACCUUUUGAGAAUGAAAAAUUACCGCUGGGGAUAUUAAGAGACUUGCUGAAAUUGAAUAAAGAAGCCUCUACGCAUAUAUUGUCUGUUGGAGGUGAGACAGCUUAUGAACUCAUGGAGUCUCCUAUUCUACUGGUUCUUUCAGUGAAAAUAUUAGAAGAAGUGUCAGGUUCUAGUGUCAGUGUUCUGUCCAAAGAUUUCAUUGAUAUGGAUAGUGAAACGUUUAUUUCCAAAUGUAAUAUCGUUACCAAUCCCGAUGUUGUGCAAUCCUCGAUACAAUGGUGGAAGUCAAGAGCUUAUAUGGUGUUUGCAUCGGUUCUCACUGGAGAAGUAUCCCUGUUGACCUUACUGCCCAUCAAACUGCUUACACCAAACAUUGUUUCAACAUUGAUAGAUUUACAAAAUAAGAACUCACCAGAAAACCAGGAGAUUCUGGUUCUAUAUCAACUGGAGUCUGCAUCUGUAAAUUUUUCAGCUGGUGUCGACAAUUCGGUUAAGGAUGCGCUGGCAAAGGCAAAAACCGCUUCUGGAUUACAGCUGAUUCUCACUGGCUGUAAGGCAAAAAGAACGAAGUUCCAACAAACCGGAAACCAUGCUCUGCUAGUUCUUGCUAAGAGUCAAGAUGAGUUCUUAAGAUCAACUAGUAGCGAUGAACUUUCUUGUGAAAGUCCUGAGGAAUUGCAACUUAAUGACGAGGUCUUGUUAGAAAGGCCUUACUACGAGCCAUUGGAGGAAGAGAAUACACUAGAAUCAGAAGAAAAAGACUCUAAAAGAGUAAAGAUAGAUUUUUCUUUUGAGCCAAUUCUUGGGUCCGAAGAAGAUUCAGAGGUUAAACUGUUACCUAUUGCAUUGAAAGAUGAUGAAAUUCCUCCAGUACUGAAGAGUUUGGACCCCAAUAAUCAACCACAACUAGCAUCACUGGAUAUGGCACAGCUUUUAAUGAGACUAAUCUUCAUCAGAGAAAAUACACCCUCUAACAGCGCCAUGGUUGAAUCUGAAUUGAUGGCCUUAGUUCAGAGAAUCACGAACUCUAAAAAUGUGAACUGGACAAUAUUUUCGAAGAGUUUGUGGGAAAGAUCUUUGCUGGAAGCUAGUAAAUCAAAGACUAUUGAAAGAGGCGUACUGCAAAUGCAGGUACUGGUUGAAGAUCUUGGAAUGAAUAGUGUCAAGACCAGAAUGUUCAGUCAAUCGGGAGACGAACAGAAAUUUCUUAAAGCUCUGAUUGAUCCAGAUGACUUUCAAGUUACUCCCAAUGCUGCGAGAUUGAAAUACAUUUUUCAGCUGCCGUUGACUCCAAGGUGGGCCCUAGACUCACUUUUGGCUGAAAAGUUGAUGUCAAUUGGAGUAAUUAAGUCGGCUUUACAGAUAUAUGAAAGGCUGAAUCUUUCGGUGGAUGCUGCUUUGUGCUAUGCUUUAACAGGUGAUGAAGCUCAGGCUGAAAAAAUUCUUGUAGAGCGUAUAGCUGCCCAUCCAUCCGAUGCCCGUGCACUUUCGGUGUUAGGAGAUGUGAAACAAUCUCCUGAGCUCUGGUUAAAGAGUUGGGAGGUUGGAAAGUAUUCUAAAGCCAAAGUUUCUCUUGGAAAAUACUAUUAUCAACCUCCUAAGGAUUCCGGUUUAACAAAGGAUUUGCCAGCUGCUAUUGGCCACAUUUUUGACGCAUUGACCCGUAAUCCAGUUGAUUUUGAAACUUGGUUUUUCUAUGGUUGCAUGGGAAUUGAAGCAUCUAACUGGAACCUCGCUGCUGAGGCAUUCACAAGAUGUGUAUCCAUAGACAAUUCAAGCCCUCAAUCAUGGUCAAAUCUUGCUUCUGCGUUAAUCAAACUUGGUAAGAAUAAAGAAGCUUUCAGUGCAUUGAAGAGUGCAAUCCGAACUAGCCAAGACAAGAAGGUUUCUUCAAAAAUCUGGGACAAUUUCUUGAUCGUGGCCGCCAAAUUGAGCGAUUGGACUUCUGUCUUACUAGCCUCAAGGGAACUUUUAACCUUGAGAAGCAAUUCGAAAUCCAGUGAAGAAAUUGUGGAUCUCCCCGUAGUUGAAAAGUUGGUUCAAGUACUACUGGAAUCACCCUAUCCAGGUUCAGAGGAUUCUAUGGAUUACUUUCAAAAAUCGUGCGUUGACUUCAUAUGUACUAUGUUGCCACAAGUUAUCAACAACUCUGACAGAUCUUGGAGAAUUGUUUCUAGAGUUGAACUUUGGAGAAAGAGACCUUGGAUGGCACUUGAGUGCAAUGAAAAGGCAUACAGGGCUGCGGUGAACAAUCCUGAACUUGAGUUCAAUGAAACUGCGUGGAAGACUGCUGUUGAUGCGUGUGCUGACUUGGUAGCUGCUUUUGAAUCAUUGGGAGAGUUACCUGGCAAACAUGGAGCCGACGAUCUUGUUUGUAAAGAUUGGAAGUAUAAAGCUAAAAUGACAGUUCGGUCCCUCAUGUCAAAGGGAAAAUCUGCCUGGGAAGAUUCAGAAGGCUGGAAUGUGCUACAAGAGCUAAAAAACAGUCUAAUGAGUUAA